AUGUUUCUCCAAGGUUUUGGUUAUGAUCCAUCAACAAAUGAUUAUUUGCUCAUUCACGUGUUUCAGAGCUUAGAUAAUCCUGCAAACUACAUUGAAUUUUUUUCACUCAAAGAAAAUAUGUGGAAAGAAGUUGAUGCUACAUCUUUCACUUGUAAAAAUAAUCAUAAUUAUUGUUUUGACACCCAAUCUGGAAUUGCCUUGAAUGACUCUAUUCAUUGGUUGGCUUCUUGUCCGGAUACAGAUAUACCCAUUGAUGUUAUUAUUGCUUUCGAUCUUAGAAAAAGAAAUAUAUUCCAAAUACCUUUGCCACCUAAUUUUGAGGCUGAUUUUUCACACAUUUGUAUUCUUGGAGAAUUGCUCAAUAUUGUUAAGGGCUACAACUUUCAUUCUAUAGAAAUAUGGGCGAUGCAAAAAUACAAAGUGCAGUUAUCUUGGUCCAAAACCAUUGUUGUGAGUAUUGAUGAUAUUCAGAUGCUAUACUUCUCUCCAAUUUGUUCUACAAAAAGUGGUGAUAUUGUUGGGGACAAUGGUUAUGAUGCAUUGGCAAAAUGUGACAACAAGGGAAAGUUUAAAGAGUUUAGAAGGUACUUUGGUGGCCAAUUUGGACUGCAUACGACCAUGCUUACGUACACAGAGACUCUACUUUCACUACCUUGCGCUAACGAGCAGGCUGCAGAAGGAACAAGAUCAAUUAUUUCGUGA